AUGUCUAGACCUGCACCCACACAAUCCUAUAUAUCUCAAGCAUUGAGCGCUGAAGAGGCGGUAGCCACAGCCACCUCCCAGAAAGCGGCAUUGGAGGCAGCCAUCAAUGCCGCGGAGUAUUAUAUGAAAGCGCUGCGCCUGGCGCCAGCCGAUGAUAAAAAAUAUCUCGACACAAAAUGCAAACAAUUGCUGUCCAAAGCCGAGAAGAUCAAGGCCGCUGCUGACUGGAAGUCGACUGCUCGUGCGGGGCCCCAGAAAGCCUUUCCAAGCUUACGACCGCCCGCAUCUACGCGGAAGCUCACUACGCGUGAAGAAAUCAUCAUCCUCGAGGGUGCCAAACUUAACGGCUAUAUAUUUCCACCAUGGAAUCGUGCGCCGCCUCAGGAUGAAUUUGAAUAUAAAGGGCAACCUUUUACGGAUGCGCCUGAUUUACACCUCUCUGAAUGCCAGAGAGAAAUUUUCGCAGGCUGGAAACGACCGCAUGAUUUGUUGCGGACCAAGAAUACGGCUAAUCAAACACACGAUGAAGUUGAUCCAGCUAUGUCGACUUCAAAACAAACAGAUCUCGUGCAGGAUGUCUUAACAGACUGUUCAGUGGUCGCAAGCCUCUGCGCCACAACAUCUAGAUCGGAACGAGGGUUAGGACAGCAUGCAUCGCCGACACUGUACCCAUGCAGUGAGGAUAAUAGCCCGACACUUUCGCAUUCUGGGAAGUAUAUAUUUCGCUUCUACUUUAAUGGAUCUUUCCGAAAGGUAGUGAUAGAUGAUCGAUUGCCCUCGUCGAAGACUACACGCUCACUCCAUGCCUACCUGAAGGUCCGCGGAGGCUAUGAUUUUCCAGGAAGUAACUCAGGGACCGACCUUUGGGUGCUUACUGGUUGGAUUCCGGAGCAAGUCUUUUUACAUCACGACGAUUCGACCUCCGAUGAGAUCUGGGGUCGUCUAUAUAGUCCUUUCUGGCAUGGCGAUGUGGUUUUGACUAUUGGCACCGGGAAAUUGAGUGAACGGGAACAACAAGGUCUGGGGCUAGUGGGAGAGCACGAUUAUGCUAUUCUGGACUUGAAGGAAGUUCAGGGUCGUCGCCAGUUUCUUUUGAAGAACCCGUGGGCUGGUGCGGAACCCAACAUACAAAGCAGUCUUACAGCUGAUCUUAGUUCACUUAACGUGAAUGAUAAACCUCCCCUCUCCCCAGGGACGUUUUGGAUGGACUGUGAACAAGUUCUUCUCAAUUUCGAGAAUCUUUACCUUAAUUGGAAUCCCGGUUUGUUCAAAUACCGCGAGGACAUCCAUUUCACUUGGGAUUUGUCGCAUGGUCGAGCUAUCGCCGGCUGCUUCGUGAAGAAUCCCCAAUUCUCCAUCUCCAGUGAUUCGGGAGGAACGGUCUGGCUGCUGCUCGGAAAACAUUUUAAGACAGACUAUCAAGAAUUCAGUUCUGAGGGGUCGGAGAAUGAAGUAGGCUUUAUCAGCAUCUACAUCUUUCAAGCAAAUGGCCGAAGAGUGUCUCUCAGCGAUGGUGCGCUCCACCGCGGACCAUACGUGGACUCUCCCAACACGCUUAUGAGGCUGGAAAUGCCCCCCAAGUCGACCUACACCGCAGUGAUCUCGGAGCAAUCACUUCCAUCAUCCACCCAGAAUUUUACUCUCUCUGCAUUUUCAACCGCACCUGUGGCCGUGGCACCCUCGCUAGAUAAAUAUCUAUGCUUGACCAAGGCAAGUGCUUCCUGGACAGCAAUGACAGCGGGCGGGAAUGCCGAAUCGCCUCGGUACCACUCCAAUCCACAAUUCAGUAUACGAAUUUCCGAACCGACAGAUGUCUCGAUCUUGCUCGAGACCACUGAAGCGGAGCUAGCGACCCACGUGAAAAUCUUCUGGUCAAACGGGCAGCGCGUGUCGCGCGUGCGAAGCCGAGACAUCAUUGCAGAUAGUGGCGAUUACCGUCGCGGAUGCGCACUGGCCGAGACCAGAUCCCUGGACAGAGGCACCUACACCAUCGUCUGCUCCACCUUUGCACCUGACCAGCUUGGCCGCUUCACGUUAUGGAUCUCAUCCACGAUCCCGUGUGUAGUCCAGCCCUUGGUUUCCGAGUCUGCUGGGCGGCGCGCCGUCCUAUCUGAAGUGGGUGUUUUGUCUCCGGGCAAGGACCGGAUGAUAGCCUCGCUGCGGGUAUCUCGUUUGACACGGAUCCGACUUAUUGCAAGGAAUAAGCGGUCCACGAUCGGCGCUCGCGCUGUUGCUCCGUCUCCCGUGCUGAUGACCGUGGAGCUGGGGCAGGGGCCAUAUAAGGAGAUAUUGGCCACGUCAGAGGAUGGAACUCAUAGUGACGCUGCGUCCGGGGUACGAGUUGGAGACUUCGAUUUGCUACCCAGUGCUGAAUCACGCUAUGUAUGGAUUGUUAUCGAGCGUAUUGGAGGUCCGGGAGGGCAGGUGGAGGAUCACUUUGAAGUGGAAGCAUUGGCGGAGGAGAGAGUGGAGAUUGGAAAGUGGGCAAUUGAAGAUGAAUGA